AUGCUAACGACCUUGGAAUGCGUGCUCUUUUCUAUUAUGAUGAUGGUGAUGACGGGUGAUGUUGGGGGACGAGAGACGCCAAGGCUCGUGAGGUCACUUCCCUCUAUAACCAAUUCGCUUGUAAACCUCGGUAAAAUGGAUAUCGCGUUCUACAUCAACGGCAAACCCAACGAUCUUAAAGUGAAUCAAGAAAAUUCAAAUCUGUCUCCCACUUCAGAUUAUGUCGUGGAACCUUGUCCUUGCUCGGGUCUAAAAUAUUUCAGGGACACUUCUCGGGGUCACCCUGUUGAAAUUUUGAGCAAACUUUUACAAAACAACGACCCUUUCUUCCAGCGCGAGCCAACAGUCUCCACUCUUUGCUGCGAUUCACAUGAACAGGUACAAGAAAAUUCUGUAGUACUAGAAUUUGGACCAAAGCAGCAGCAAAUGGUAGCAGGUCCGUUGAAGUCAGGUCACUUUCCAAUACCUCUGCUUCUCGAUACUUUUGUUUCUGGGAAACCCACACAACCCUUGUCGCCAGCUAAACAAAAGAUCAUCGAACUAUUUGUUUUCCCUAAAAAGAAAGAACAGUAUUCGGGUAAAAUCAUAAACGACAACCGAAUUGAUAAAGAUGGAAUCAAAAUAGUCGGCGAUAAGGAGGUACGCAAUGACUUCAAAACUAUGAAGUUUCUUCCCCUGCAGUCGAGACUGCCUCAUCCGCCUUCCUCGUCUGUCAAGAAAGACUUGACAAUCCAAGAGAGUAAGACUAAACAAGACCUACAUGAAAAGUCUAUUUCGAACUCUAAUAUUGUCUGA